AUGCCCGUGUUCACCGAGUACUCGGCUGCGUCCCGGGAGCUGCGCGUACUCCCUCACAAAUUCGAGGUUGUAAUUGCAGGUGCUGGUCCGGCUGGUCUGAUGCUCGAGCUUCUUUUGUCACGAUAUGGCCUGGAUGACGAAGCGUUGUUAUGCGUCGACGCGAAGCCGACGACACUGAAAUCGGGCCAGGCCGAUGGUCUACAGCCUCGCACCCUGGAGACACUGAAGUCUUUGGGUCUAGCAGAUGAGAUUCUCUGCGAAGGCUGUCAAAUGUGGCAGGUCGCAUUUUGGAACCCUUCCGACAACAAGGACAAGAUUAUCGAACGCACUUCAAUUGUGCCUGACGUUGCUGUUCCGGCCCGCUACCCACAUGAAGUCACCAUCCACCAAGGUCGAAUCGAGCGAAUUCUGGAAACAGAUCUUUUGCGCUACUCAAAACGCGGUGUUCAGCGGAAUACGAAGCUCCUUGAUGUCAAGAUUGAUGAGACAGGUGACGCCGAAUUCCCAGUGGUUGCUGAAAUCGAAACAAAUGGUCAAAAGCGUACCGUGCGCACGAAGUAUUUGGUUGGUGCCGAUGGUGCCCAUUCAGUUGUUCGUCGAUGUAUGGGGCUGAAGCUAGAGGGCGAGUCGAGUGACCAUAUUUGGGGUGUCGUCGACUUGGUUGUUGACACAGACUUUCCCGAUAUCCGUCGCCGAUGCGCCAUUCACUCACCAUCCGGCUCUGUGAUGAUCAUCCCUCGUGAACGUAUAGCUACCGGGGACUAUCUCACGCGGCUUUACGUGCAAGUUCCAGGAGAUGUCAAGCCAGACAGUGACUUACAGCCAAUUAAUGGUACGGGGGCGGCGUCUGUGUCGGAUGCAAGGGCUCGUCGUGGCCAAGUCACUGAGAAGACCAUCUUUGAAAAUGCUGCCGCUGCAUUCAAGCCAUACUACAUCCGCCCCAAGAAUGAUGGAGCGGUAGAUUGGUGGGCAGCUUAUCAGAUUGGCCAACGAGUAACGAAUAAGUUCUCAGUGAAGGAUUCGGCUGAGAUUAACCGAGUUUUCAUUGCUGGUGACGGUCAAGGGAUGAACGUUUCUAUGAUGGAUUCAUACAAUCUGGCUUGGAAACUGAUCUAUUCCAUCAAUGGUCUAACACCGCAUAGUGAAGCUCAACCCGACGACAUUCUUGACACAUAUCACACUGAAAGGCACACCAUAGCUCAAGAGCUGAUUGAGUUUGACCGUGCAUUUUCAUCCAUGUUCUCGGGCAAAAUUGGUGCCUCCGAAGACGGUGCUGGUGGCCUAACGCAUGAAGAAUUUCUCAAGGUAUUCAGUAGAGGCAACGGGUUUACCAGCGGCUGCGGUAUUGAGUACCCGGAAAAUACGACAGUGAAUCGCACGCUGAAUGAGGAUAACAAUCCGAUCCAUGGCACUGAUUAUCUGUCUGGUGUUCUGCGACCAGGACGGAGACUGCUCAACGUACGCCUCAUUCGACAUGCGGACGGCUACCGACGCGAUCUUCAGGAUGACUUUCCUUCCACCGGCCGUUUCCGCAUUCUUUGCCUCACAUCUUCAGACCUGCUCGACCCGCAGGGUGUCUCUGCACAGACAUUGACACAGCUGUCACAGCUAAUCGGUCGCUUUCCGCAAUCAUUAGUUGAACAGGUAGCCAUUCACCCGCGUUUGCCAAAAGAAUUCAUGUGGAACGACCUUCCAUCCGAGCUGAAGUUGCGCUCUGAAAUGUCCUUUUACAGCGGUUACGAGAUGGACGAUGUAUACGGAACCUAUGGCGUGAAACCGGAGAAAGGAGCUGUGGCAGUCAUUCGGCCUGAUGGAUAUGUUGGAGUAGUCGCCGAAUUGGCUGAUGUGAGACGAGUUGCAGCCUUUCUGGAAAAAUGUAUUCAAACGAUCUAA